UCUUGCUCUGAGAAAGGCUUCAGUUGUGUGAUUAUUUUACAUGUAAUUUGUAGCAUGUAUUUUAGUUUUCAACGAAUUGAAUAUAAAAAAUUUUGAACUUCCUGCUCGAAGUUUGGGUGGUUGAAUACUAUUACAUUAAAUAUACUGUUAUGACUGCUCACAUGAAAUGUUUCCAGUUCAAUAAAAUGAAGUUGUUAUAUCUAAAAAUUAUUAACAGAGCAUUUGCAUCUGUAAAAACUAACAACUCAAGUAGUUAUUUUGUGACUACACCUAUAUUUUACUUAAAUGGAGUUCCUCACAUUGGGCAUUUACAGUCCUGUCUGUAUGCUGAUGCCUUUGCAAGAAUAAAUCGCCUUCUUGGAAAGGAAGUUAUUUUUUCUACUGGAACAGAUGAGCAUGGAUUAAAGGUGUUGCAAGCAGCUGAAACAAACAAGUUAACUCCAAUUGAUUAUUGUGAUGAAAUGUCAAGUACUUUUGAGAAAGCCUUCAAAGAAGCAAAUAUUUCAUAUACUCACUUCAUUAGAACAACUAAUGUGAAACAUAAAGAAAUGGUUCAAGACUUCUGGUGCAAGUUGGACAAAAAUGGUCAUAUUAGCAAAGGAAAAUAUACUGGAUGGUACAGUGUCAUAGAAGAAGCUUUUGUUCCAACUGCACAAGUUAAAGAAGUCAGAGAAGGCUCACAAUUUAAAACUGUGUCCAUUGAAACAGGUUCUCCUGUUGAGAGAAUGGAAGAAGAAAAUUACGUAUUUUGUUUGCCUAAGUUCCAGAAUGACCUCUUGUAUUGGUUGUCCAAAGAUGUUGUUAAGCCUCUGAUUUUCGCAGACGAUCUGAAAAAAUGGAUUGAAGAGGGUUUAACAGAUUUGUCGAUUUCACGUCCUCGAACUCGUUGUUCUUGGGGUGUACCAGUUCCAAAUGAUGAAACUCAAGUUGUUUAUGUGUGGCUUGAUGCACUUGUAAACUAUUUAACCGUUGGAAAGAAUGCGGCGCAAAGUUUAGAAUGGCCAGCAAGUUGUCAUGUGAUUGGAAAAGACAUUCUCAAAUUUCAUGCUAUUUUUUGGCCUGCGUUCUUAAUUGCAGCUGGUUACGAACCUCCUAGGGAAAUAUUUUGUCACUCCCAUUGGACUGUAAAUUAUGAAAAGAUGUCUAAAAGCAAAGGAAAUGUGAUUGACCCAAAAUUGUUGAUUGACAAGUAUGACGUUGAUGGUUUUAGGUAUUUCCUGCUGCGAGCAUCUGUGCCUAAUUCUGAUACAAAUUAUAGUGAAACAAAAAUUCACAGAAUGCUGAAUGCUGAAUUGUGUGAUACACUUGGUAACUUGUUAAGCCGUAGCUGUGCCAAAUCUUUAAAUCCUCAGCAAAUAUUUCCUCCAUUCUCUCAUGAAGCAUUUUGUUCUUUAAAAGAAACAAAUAUUCAGCAUAUAAUUGAUUCUACAUCCAAAUUACCAGAAACAGUUAAAAAACAUUUUCUUGAAGGUUACUUCUACAAAGGCAUAGACAGCAUGUUAGAUUGUUUGCGAGACACAAAUGCAUUUGUUCAACACACCAAACCAUGGGUUCUUGUUAAACAGCAAGACACUGAGGCUCAACAAAAGUUAUUCACUAUACUACACACUGUACUGGAAGUGUUACGAAUCUGUAGUUUGUUGCUUCAGCCGAUUAUUCCAACCUUGACUGCCAAAGUUUUGGCAAAAAUUGGUGUUUCAGAAAUGGAGAGAAGUUGGCAAAAUAUUAUUUGUUUCCCUUCCUUUCAUAAUUUGCCAAACAAGUUAGAAGGGCAGCCUUUGAAUAAUGACAAUAUUCCAUUGUAUGAAAGAAGGAAAUCUUGAUAUUAGUUUUUGUAAUAUUACUUGUAGUAUUGUUGCAUCAAAUAU